AAAAUAAAAUAGGAAUAAUGGAAAAUUAAAGGGCGAGCUUAUCCGAUACUCGUGUGCAUUAUAUAAACCCCAGCAAUCCUACGAUUAACAGACCCCUUUCCUUUGAACACCAACUCCAAAACUUCCAACAUUUUCUUCUUACAGCAACUGCAAUGGCAGCAAGGAGGAGCCACUGCUACCUCGGAGGCCACGACAGGCUGAGCUCCGCCGCGCUCGGUGAUCAAUUUGAUUUGGAAUUCGAUGAAGCUGAGGUUUUGUGCGCCGAGGACGCCAUUAACAUAGCGGAGACCAAAAAGCCCGUGUCUAACCCUCGUCCGCUGCGGAAACCAGUGAGAAAGAGCGUCAACGUCGAUCAUCUCCGCGUGGGACCGAGAUCUCUGCCUGUGAAUAUCCCCGAUUGGUCCCAAAUCCUAAGAGGUGAGUACAGGAAACACGCCGGGGAGUUGACGGACGUCGACUACGGAGACGAGGAGGAGGAUGAUGGUGGAAAUGACAGGAUACCCCCACACGAGUAUCUGGCGAGAACCAGAGUCGCAUCUUUGUCGGUGCAUGAAGGAGUAGGGAGAACACUCAAGGGGAGAGACUUGAGUAGGGUUAGAAAUGCGAUUUGGAAGCAGACUGGAUUUGAGGAUUAGCACACACACACGCACACACACACAACAAAAUUAAAAGCGCGACAACAUCAUCGUAAUUAUGUCUGGUUUUGAAGACAUCUGAUCCUCUGGUUUUUGGAGUUGUUUUUGUUAGCUUUGAUUCAGAGGAUCGGUAAUAUAUAAGUUAUAACUUCUAACUGUUUAGGAAAAGAAAUCAAGAACACAGCUGUGUUUUUGUUUUCCCAAAGGCAACAAAUCAAACUCUGCUGCUGCCAUUUUCCCGUGGGAGAAAUAUCUCAGUGUUAAAGUUGUAUGUACUACAUAUCUGAUGUUAUCACAUUAGUUUUAAUGUUGUCGUGUGUGAUGUAUAUAUUUUAAGAAGAAAAAGAGUAGUUGUUGA